ACUGCAAGUCAUUCAGGUUCUGACACACAAUUUCCUCCUUUUUCCAGCCAGAAAACCUUAUCCACCUCUUCUAUUCAGAACGAAAUCCCAAAGAAGAAAGCCAAGUUUGAGGCCAUAUCUGCCAAUGGUGACAGUUUUUCCCCCGACCUCGCCCUGGACUCUCCUGGCACCGACCACUUUGUUAUCAUUGCCCAGCUGAAGGAGGAAGUGGCUACUUUAAAAAAGAUGCUGCACCAGAAAGAUCAGAUGAUUUUGGAGAAGGAGAAGAAGAUCACCGAGCUGAAGGCUGACCUCCAGUACCAGGAGUCGCAGAUGAGGGCAAAGAUGAACCAAAUGGAGAAGACGCACAAGGAGGUCAUGGAGCAGUUACAGGCCAAAAACCGAGAACUCCUGAAGCAAGCAGCUGCCCUGUCGAAGGGCAAAAAGCCUGAGAAGUCAGGAGCCAUAACCUCUCCUUAAAGGCCAACCCCCGCUGCUGGAGCUUUCCCCGGUGUUAGCCGAGACCUGCCCGACCGCUGGAAGCCAAGCUCUCCCUGCUGACUCUUUCCUGCUGCCGUGGCCUCGACCGCCCGGAGCGUGUUGCCUUCCGACAGCGUGCUCGAGCGUUUCCGG